CUUCUGAGUAAAAAGCACUUACCAGAUCUGGCCAUAUCCACAGUAGCCUAACCUAGAUUAGUGCCAGUCCACUUAACGUCAAGCGUACCCUCCGUGGACUUUUACAUGCGCCGCUGACCAGCUUGUCAAGGGAAGCGUGUUCGUGACACGGCCACCUGUUUGAGCGGUACGCCUCAGGAAUAUUGCUCAAUUUUUGCUUCGUUUCGCCGUAGGUCAAGUGGCGUCACAGGGCUUUGCGCGCGUUCAGCAGCAACUUUUAUACAUGAUUGAUAUGGCUGUGCCGGAAUUUCUUACGAAGCAUGUAAUGACCUAAUAUGAUAGGCACAAGGCUACGAACAACGGGCGUCUACAUUGAAUCUUCCUUAUAGACAAGGCUCAGAUAUUAUACAUUUUCAAGCAAUCUAGUAAAGCGACUCGAAGUAUUUUCAACACUACAUGCUUCGUACCGUGUGAAAUCUUGACAACAACAUGAUGAAUUCUUUCAUUGGCGGUCUCGUCAUUGAAUUAGUCGGCCGGAGUCUGGCAGUGGUCGCCACUGAUGGUGUAAUGGCUACAUUGGGCUAUUCCCUUACUAUGUCCCGACACGGUGUCGAUGUCUUCACACGCAAUCCUGGCAUGUACAUAGAAUCAAAGGAGACAAUGCCACGUAAGGCCGAAAGGUCUCAGAUGCCAGCCAGCGAUUUUAUAAUCCAUAAUCCUGUGCCAAGUCCUCUCCAGAUAUUCUCCAGCUACUAAACUCUAG